AUGUCUGGCUUCAGGUAUUCAGGCACAGAGAGCACCCGGAUUACCCGGGAGCUGAUAUCGCAAAUAGCACAGUUGCUGGAUGGUGCUCGAAUUCCCUAUGUGCUCUGGGGCGAGAGCAUGAUGAGGGCGCUGGGGACGCCAGCAAUGCCUUUUAGUAUUGACUUUGUUAUUGGCGAUGGUUGGCAUGAAAAGGCGCAUAAGGUCCUCCGGACUGCCGGGUUCUCUCAUUGUGCUCAUGGACCCAGCUGUGUCCUGAAACGACCAUCCGAGAGAAAGCCAUAUCCAGCUGCGCAUCUACAUCUUGAUGCUCAUCGGCCUCUUAGGCUUUAUGCGCAGACCGAGCUCCUGUGGGAAUUUCCCAACCUUCCUCUGAAAAGGCCCGCGGCAGAUGACCAGUAUUUCAUGGUUACCACCGAUCUCCGUCUGCCGGAGCAGAAAGAGGGUUGUCCUCCGGAAUAUGGCCGCUAUGAUACCUCUCUGUACCCGGUAAAAGUCCCUCACCCUACAAAACUGGUCGAGGCUUUGAUACUGUUGAUCUGUCGUGAUCAGCACCCUAGCCCUCACGUCCUGGGAUUUGAUCGUCUCUGGUUCCUUUGGUUUAUGCACCUGCUGAUGUAUGUCGGGGAAACUGGACUGCUUCAGCCGGAGAAACUUGAGCCGCAUUUCAUGCCAGUAUGGGAGGAAGCAUGUUCAGAUAGUUUCAUUGAGGAGCCUCGGCUGCGUGCGAUUAAGCAUCUUCAAGCCACACUAUGGCAGCAAAAGGCACUCCCGCCACAUAGGCCCAAUGCUCCUGAUUCGUGA